GAGUCCAGAUAAAGGGGCGGGGCCUGCGGUGGUCCAGACGCUGAUGACGCGACGGUGUUUUUGUUGUCGCCGGCAGAAAAACUUCUCAGGUGAUGCUCAGUGUUUUAAAAGUCUAAGCUGCGUCACUCAUAGUGCAUCAUGAAGGCUUCAGCGCGGGUUUCCUGGGAAAUGUUUGGAAUUUUUUUCAUUGCUGCAUUUCUGACACCACAUGUGUGGGCCCAAGUCGGAACCCAAGGCUCUGUGGUGGAGGCAAGGAACAUCACCGUUUCAGAGGGCUCAAGGGUCAUCCUCCCGUGCCAUAACCAGAAAAUGGUGUGGAGGCAGGACUAUCUUCGGGAUCGGCAACGGGUGGUGCACUGGGACCUGAACCGCAACCGCCCAGAAUACUCAGUUGAGCGAGUCCUGGACAUGUUCUCAGGAGGAACCGAACGUGUCUAUAAUGCCUACAACAAGGGCCGGGUCACUGUCUCCAAAGAAGCCUUUAGUGACGGGAACUUCUCUCUAAUCAUCCACAAUGUAGAUAUGAACGAUAAAGGGAUGUAUACGUGCAACCUGCAUCACCAUUACUGCAAGAUCGACCAAUCCAUGAAAAUCCAGUUAAACGUAACUAAGUCACCUCGAAAGGAGAGGCGCCUAUGGGAUGGGGAGAAGUCUGUCAUUGUGGUGUUGGAGGGCAGCAGCGUGGUCUUGCCGUGUAUUAACCGACUCCCUCUUUGGAGAGGUGGGCACCUCCAGAAGGAGGACCAGCAGCAGGUGGUGCACUGGGACUUUCAGGGUCCGGGGGUGAGACGUGACCAAGCAGACCGGCUUCUCGAUCUGUACGCCUCUGGCGAGAAGCGGGAGUACAAUCCUCUGUACCUCAGCAAGAUGCACAUCUCCGAUGAUGCCUUCACCAUGGGAGAUUUCUCCCUCACAAUUGAUGACAUCCAGCCAUCUGAUAAAGGUCUAUACUCCUGCCACCUACACCAUCACUACUGCGGUCUGCACGAGAGACGCAUCUUUCGGCUGAUCGUGGGACCUCCUUUGCCACCUGUGGCUGUACCUACGGAGGCCCGGACCACUCAGACUACGCAUACUAAAACCACAGAGAAACCACAGGACAUGGAUAAUGACCCUGAGGUAAACAAGGUGGAGGUCUCACAUGUGUUUAAUGUCAUCCUUCCUGAGGGUCAGACUCACUUCGUACACCAGGCUGGUUACAUACUGGUAUUCUUCCUGCUGCUACUGUUCAUGCUCAUAGGAAUCAUCAUGACCACAAAACACUGCAAAAAGAAAGGGCUGGAGUAUGACAUUCAGAGAGCUGACCGGAAUCACAGGAUGGAAAUUGAAAUGCAAGCUACUGAAAUGAGAACCUUCAAUCAAGACGUCCGACUUGACUACAAGAACAACAUAAUGAAAGAGAGGGUGGAGAUGAACAACUAUUGUGCCCCGAAAGAGAUCGAUCUCAACAGAGAAAUGGAGAAAUUUUCAAAGAAGUAACUGACGGCAGGCUGCUGGCUGGUCCAGGGCAUUUUCUACAGGAUUCAGAAAAAACUCCACAAUGAAGCUUUACAGUUAAAAGGAGACUCUCCAAGUCUAAACACCCACAUGCUUGUUGUAUGUCUGUUUCUAAUGUAAUGAAUGAAUUGCAGUGAUGUGGGCAAAAAUGUUUUCCUUGAGGUAAACCUAAUUUGUGUAAGUGUCAUUUAAAGGUCAGUAGUCAACAUUUUAUAUGGUAUAAAUAUAGUCUGCUCCAAUUUGAAUUUGUUAUAACAAAUGAAAACAAUGCAAUGAAGGUAAUAAGGUAAAUAGAUACUGAUGGCAGUUUGGCCCCGCUAACCUGAGCUCAUCUGAUGGUACUUUUAAGAAGAAAAGCAUUGAAUGCUUUGGCUGAAACUAAAUGAAAUGUGUCUGAGCAAGUGUGAUUCAGAACACUCAGGAAGUUAACUAUUUGUAGUUCCAGAGGUAUAAACCACGAGGUUGUGUACUUAUGUAAGUGGUAUGAACGUCUCAUGUCUUCUUCAUGUAUAACUAUUCCAUGUAUUUCUAGUGCUAUUUUCCAAGCCCUUCAGUAGUCUAUCUUUACUUAGUUUUAAUGUUUAUGUGCACGGCAUUAUGCAAUUUUGUUAUUCUGCCACAUGAGCUAGACACACUGAGAAUUUUAUGUUUUAUUUUUUUAUAAUUAGUCCUAGAAAUGCGCAUUAGGCAGAUUUGACACAGUUAUGUGUAUUUAGUUCGCAUUUAAUACAUUGCAUUUAAUUUUCUCUUAGUAUGGCCCAGGUUUGCAGUUACAGUCUCAUACAACGCUGAUCAUUAUGUCUCAGUUUUGGGCUUUUGAGAAACAUCACACUGAUUCAGAAGAUCUUAGGUGGCAUUACAGCUUUUUUUUAUGCAGUGCUUUUUAGGAAAUGGCAUUGAAAUGGCUACAAGAAGGCAGAGCAGAUUCUACUGGUAUGAAAAGCUUUGUACAAACCAUGGCACUUGAAUGAAUUUAAUAAAAUACAUUUUUGAAGAAA